CCACUCCCAGUCCCCGCCUCUCUGUGGGCGCUCGGAGUCGGAGCUUAAGCCCUGUCAACGGUUUUACAGCUUGAAAGAGUUCGCUUAUCCAAAACCUCCCAAAUGCUGAACUCUCUCUCCAUCCACCACCCUUACCGUCCCUUCUUCUCUCCUCCGGCACCUCCUCCGCCGGGCAGAAACGCCUCCGUCCGCUGCGCCGUCGCGUCCCCCUCGCCGGAGAAGAAGACCAGGCGGAGACGGAAACAGCAGGACCAGCAGAGCUACGGCGAUGACGCAAGCUCUAGCCCCUCUCCCCCGCGCUCCGGGAUCGCAGCUGCAUCUGCUGCUGAAAAGGCGCUUCGGUUCACUUUCAUGGAGGAACUAAUGACCCGCGCUAGGGACCGGGACGUUGCUGGGGUGACCGAGGUGAUCAACGACAUGGUCGCUGCCGGCCUCAGCCCCGGGCCUCGGUCCUUUCACGGCCUAGUUGUGUCGAAUGUCCUCAAUGGAGAUGUUGAAGGAGCGAUGCAUUCCCUGCGGAGGGAGCUGAGCGCAGGGCUUCGGCCGCUUCACGAGACAUUUGUUGCAUUGAUUCGUCUUUUCGGAGCUAAAGGGUAUGCAAAUAGAGGAUUGGAGAUCCUUGCCGCCAUGGAGAAAUUCAAAUUUGAUAUACGGCAAGCAUGGAUAGUUCUUGUUGAGGAACUUGUGAGGAACAAUCAUUUGGAGGAUGCAAAUAGCGUGUUCCUGAAGGGUGCGAAAGGCGGUCUCAGAGCCACCGAUGAACUCUAUGAUCUUCUAAUUCAAGAAGACUGUAAAGUUGGGGACCAUUCUAAUGCCUUGGAAAUUUGUUAUGAAAUGGAGGCUGCUGGGCGGAUGGCCACAACUUUCCAUUUCAAUUGUCUCCUCAGUGUACAGGCUACUUGUGGAAUACCAGAAAUAGCUUUUGCAACAUUUGAGAACAUGGAAUACGGAGAAGAUUUCAUGAAACCGGAUACUGAGACUUAUAAUUGGGUCAUUCAAGCAUAUACGAGAGCUGAGUCUUAUGACAGAGUGCAAGAUGUUGCUGAGUUACUUGGCAUGAUGGUUGAAGACCACAAGCGUGUGCAGCCUAAUGUGAAAACUCAUGCGCUGUUGGUGGAGUGCUUCACAAAAUAUUGUGUAGUACGUGAAGCAAUUCGACAUUUCCGUGCCCUUAGAAACUUUGAAGGAGGGACGAAAGUUUUACAUAACGAAGGAAAAUUUGGAGAUCCGCUGUCUUUGUAUCUAAGGGCUUUAUGUCGAGAAGGGAGGAUUUCUGAAUUACUGGAAGCAUUGGAAGCUAUGGCCAAGGACAACCAACCCAUUCCACCAAGAGCCAUGAUCCUAAGCAGAAAAUACCGCACAUUAGUGAGCUCAUGGAUCGAACCUCUGCAAGAAGAAGCUGAACUUGGCUAUGAGAUCGAUUACGUUGCUAGGUAUAUUGCUGAGGGUGGGCUUACUGGUGAGCGCAAGCGUUGGGUUCCUCGAAGAGGAAAGACUCCCCUGGAUCCUGAUGCUGAAGGGUUUAUUUAUUCAAAUCCAAUGGAAACUUCCUUCAAGCAGAGAUGCUUAGAGGAAUGGAAGUUGCACCACAGGAAACUUUUGAAGAUCUUACUAAAUGAAGGUCUGGCAGCUCUAGGGGAUGCUUCUGAAUCUGACUACAUUAGAGUGGAGGAAAGGUUGAGAAAAAUCAUAAAAGGUCCUGACCAGAAUGUCCUGAAGCCCAAGGCCGCUAGUAAAAUGACUGUAUCUGAAUUUAAGGAAGAACUCGAAGCUCAAGACCUGCCCACAGAUGGAACCAGAAAUGUUCUUUAUCAGCGUGUGCAGAAAGCAAGGAGGAUAAACCGUUCACGUGGCAGGCCUCUUUGGGUUCCUCCUGUGGAGGAAGAGGAAGAGGAGAUUGAUGAAGAGCUGGAUGAACUUAUUUCCAGAAUGCAGCUGCAUGAAGGGGACACGGAGUUCUGGAAAGCCCGUUUCCUGGGAAAGGGCAUUAAUGGGAAUCAGGGGAAGAUUAUAGAAAUGGAGCCAACAGAAGUUACAGACCUGCUGGAUGAUGCUGAUGCUGCUGAUGAUGGGACAAAGGAUGUUGAAGAUGACGAGGCAGAUGAAGAAGAGGAAGUUGACGCUGAAGUUGAAGUUGAACAACCUGGGAACCAAGUCGAACAAAUUGUGAAGGAGAAAGAAGCUGAAGCUAAGAAGCCUCUUCAAAUGAUUGGAGUCCAGUUGCUGAAAGAUAUUGAUCAGACAACUACGACCACAAAGAAAUCAAGGAGGAGGGCUCGAGCAUCUGUGGAGGAUGAUGACGACGAUGACUGGUUCCCUGAGGAUAUAUUCGAGGCGUUUGAGGAACUCAGGAAGAGGAAAGUGUUUGAUGUAUCAGACAUGUAUACCUUAGCUGAUGCUUGGGGUUGGACAUGGGAGAGGGAACUGAAGAACAAGCCACCUCAGAGAUGGUCACAGGAAUGGGAAGUUGAGCUGGCCAUGAAACUAAUGCAGAAGGUGAUAGAACUGGGUGGAACGCCAACAAUAGGGGAUUGCGCCAUGAUACUGCGAGCAGCUAUAAGGGCACCCAUGCCCUCAGCCUUCUUGAAGAUCCUGCAGAUAACGCACAGCCUGGGAUAUGUAUUCGGGAGUCCCCUGUAUGACGAAAUCAUAUCACUGUGCCUCGACCUUGGAGAACUUGAUGCUGCCAUUGCCAUAGUCGCGGACCUGGAGACUGCCGGAAUAACAGUUCCUGAUCAAACAAUAGACCGAGUCAUCUCUGCUCGGCAGAAUGCUGAGAGUUCAAGCAACACGAACGGAUCGACGUAGGCAUGGAACUGAUCCCUCCCAGACACCCUCAUCUCUUGCUCAAAAGUUCUCGGGUUCAGAGGACCACAGAUUUAGAGGCAAAAUGCUCAUUUAGUUCGCGACUCAUUUGUAAAUUGGAUCUCUCCACUCUCCGCUGAAUUAGUCUCCUGUUCUGUAGUCAAAGCCAUGUCUUUGCUUUUCUAUCCUUUAAAAUUUUAUUUUAUUUUUUCUUUUAAAUUUUUGAUAGAAGCGAGGAUGAUUAGAGGUUUUCUUAUUGCAGAGGACAUCAUAUUGGUGCUUGAUUUCGAAGCAAAUGGUGAAUGUAAUUUAUAAUAUUCGAGAAAUAAUUAUUUAUGUGAGUA